CCGGCACGGUCACACCGUACAGACGUGUCAUUUGGCGACGGCUGUAAAUACAUAAGUUUUUUGUUUUAAAUUCGCGGCGUUUAAUUGGUGCAAUUGGCCGCAGUGAAUUACAUUUUUGGGACUUAGGACGACAUCCCAAAUAACAGAUCAAACACAUUCGAAAACAUACUGCAAAACGCUCGCAGUUAGAAGCUGCCAGCGUGUGUCAAACAUCAGCUGGCUCCCAGCCGACCGAGGAAAGAAAAAAGUCAAGUCUGGAGACCAAACCCAAAGAAGAAACAAAACGUUGCAUUUGUAAAUAAAUUAGGAAGGACCGGCAACCGCAACCACUAUUAUGGCGGGUCAAAAAUUUCAAUAUGAUGAAAGUGGCGGAACAUUUUAUUAUUUUGUGUUAUCAUUUUUGGCAUUAGUAUUGAUACCGACAACGAUUUACUACUGGCCACGUAAAAAGAAAGAAGAUCUUAGCAAAACGAAGGAGGAAUGCCAAUGUCCGAAUUGCUUGAAGAAGAAGAUCAUUUUGGCAAAUGCGGAACCCUAUCGCAUCCUCAAAUCAGUGGCCAUCAAGCUGUCAAUUGUGAUUGGUUGGGCGUUGCUCCUGCUGCUCACGUAUCGCGUGUCGCAGUUCGAUUACGAAAUGGCCAGUUUUGAUCCUUUCGAGAUAUUGAGUGUGCCGCCAACGGCGACCCAGGCGGAAAUUAAGAAGGCUUACUAUAAGCUAUCGAAGGUCCUGCAUCCCGAUAAGGAGACGGGCGAUGAGAAAUCGUUUAUGAUGCUGAGCAAAGCGUAUCAGGCCCUCACUGACGAUGUGGCCAAGGAGAACUAUGAGAAAUAUGGCAAUCCUGACGGGCCCGGUGCGAUGUCCUUUGGCAUUGCGCUGCCCUCGUGGAUUGUGGAAAAGGAGAACAGUGUCUGGGUCUUGGGCUUGUAUGGAUUGGUCUUCAUGGUUGCCAUGCCCUCGGCGGUGGGCAUCUGGUGGUAUCGCUCCAUACGUUUCAGCGGCGACAAAGUUCUGCUGGACACCACACAAAUGUAUUUCUAUUUCAUCCACAAGACACCCCACAUGCUGCUCAAGCGUUCCUUAAUGGUCCUGGCGGCUAGUUUGGAGUUCGAUAAGCGACACAAUUCACAGGUCAUCGAACGGCAGACGGACAACGAUGAGGUGCCAGCGCUCAUUCGGCAGCUACCCAAUUUGAAUGAGAAAUGCAAGGAGCAUCCACUCUGCCGCAUGUACUCGAUAAAGGCCCGUGCCAUCCUCCACGCUCAUCUCUCGCGGAUGCCCCUCAAUCCGGAGACGUUGGAGCGGGAUCGUCAGUAUAUUGUGAAGAAGUGUCCGUAUCUGGUGCAGGAGAUGGUCAGCUGUGUCCAUCAGCUGAUCAUGAUGGCCUAUGCGAGACGAGUUCCCCGCCUGCCCAGCAUCGAGACGAUCGAGAACUGCAUGAAAAUGUCACCGAUCAUCAUUCAGGCCCUGUGGGAAUUCAAAUCACCGCUGCUGCAGUUGCCCCACCUCACCGAGGAUCAUUUGUAUUUUAUGAACAAGAAGCGACACGUGAAGAAUCUGCAACAAUUCGCACAGCUCAAACCGGAGGAGAGUCGUCAACUGCUCAAGAAUCUGACGGACUUUGAGUAUGAGAAUAUAAUGCGUGUGCUGGGCAAGAUGCCCCUGAUUGACUUCUCCAUACGCUGUGAGGUGAUCGAUGACGAGAACACAAAUGUGGUCACCGCUGGGGCAAUUGUCACCGUUACAGUUAGCCUCGAGCGGAAGGAUAUGAAGACGCUAUUCGGGGAUACCAAAGUGCCCGAGAAACAGGGCAUCAAGGACGAUGCCAAUGAGGAGGGAGCUGCCGGCGAGGAGGAUGAGGCUGCAGCUGCUGCUGCUGUGCCCGUUAAGAAGGCAUCCGCCUGGGCGAAACGCAAGGGGGGCAAGGGCAAGGGUGGCAAGAAGCCAGCCAACAAUCAGAAGAAGAAGACGCAGCCGAAACAGACAGUUGCCGCAACCACUGCUGCCACAUCGGCAACGACAACCGAUGAGCAAACAGCUGCCAAUUCGGAGGCAGACUCCGAUGCGGGCGAGCAGCACAGCGAUAUGGAUUCGGUUGCCGGCGGUUCCGGCAGCGAUGAUGACGACAAGCAGAACAAAAACAAUUCCUCGCUGGAUGACGACGACGAUGAGGAGUGGGAGCGUCUGCAGGCGAAGCUGAAUAAGCGUGAACGGCUCGAGGGCAAAUCGCGCACAUCGCACACGGUGCAUUGUCCCUUCUUUCCGGAGGAGAAGCAGGAGUACUGGUGGACCUACAUCUGCGAUCGCAAGUCCCGUACCCUGCUCACCGCCCCCUAUCACGUGACAAAUCUCGUCGAGAAGGAGGAAAUCCAGCUCAAGUUCACCGCGCCACGUUGGCCCGGUGUUUAUCCAUUCACGGUCUGCCUGAGAUCAGACUCGUAUCUGGGCAUGGAUCAGCAGCAGGAGCUGAAGCUGGAUGUGCAAAAGGCGCCAGCACCACCGACAGAUCAUCCCCAAUGGGAUCUCAGUGAAUCGGAACCGGAGCACACCGAUCAGCAGGAGAAUCUGAGUGAUUACACAACAGACACAUCCGAUGCGGAGGAUAGCGACUAGAGAGAGAG